CCGAAAAUCCCGAAAAACCCCAAAAACCCAAAAUCAUGAAGGUUCUCUGGGUGUUGCUAGCUGGUCUGGUGCUGUGCUCCGCCGCUCCUGGGUCCAAGGAUGAUGAGAAACUGGAGCUGUUCUCUGGAGUCGCGAUCGAGAAGGAUCAGUCGGGUGAGGAGAAACUGAACGUGAAGUUCGAGCCCGGAGAGCUAAGGGACGCCGCCAGGACUUUUGAGGAAGCACGCGGCAAACUCAAGAAGUACACGCCUCUCAUCGCCGGCAUUGGAGUGAAAGUGGUGGCGAUCGCUGGUCUCCUCUUCGGAGCCCUCACCCUGCUGGUCACCAAGGCGUUGGUGGUAGCGAAGCUGGCGCUGAUGGCUGCAGCAGCCCUGGGCAUCCACAAAUAUCUGAACAGUAAUAACCAACAAGAUACGAUACAGGGAAAGAUCGGCGGUGGUUACCAGGCCCAGCCCCAGCAGUGGGCAGCGCCGAGCGCUCCCGCCGCCUCUUACCCGUACGCACGCGCGCAGGAGGCCAACGACCUCGCUUAUAAAGCGCAGUUUACCCAGCAAUAAGCCAGAUAAGCGUAGUUCACCCAGCAAUAAGCGAGAUAAGCUCACUUCACGCGACAAUAAGCGAGACAAGCACAGUUCACACAGAAAUAAGCGCAAUAAGCAUUGUUCGUUCUGAAAUAAGCACAAAUAAAUAAGCUCAGAUGAAAAAGCGCUGAAAAGCUCAGCGUACUUAUGAGUGUAUUGAGAA